UGUUAGCAUCAAAAGAGUUUUGACAUCCUUUCGUGGCUAGUUUCUCACUGAAAGAAAACUCAAGUUGCGAUCCUUUGCUGCAUCGUUGCUAUUCGGAUAAGACCUUUGAAAGCAGUAGGCACAACUGUAGUGGACUUGGAUGAGACUCGACAGCAGCAUGGGUACCGCAUCUCGGAACGUGUAAUUAAGAAUCCUGCCGAACCUAAAGUGACUGCCUAACAGACAUAGUGACUGCCUAAAACACUUGAUUGUAUGUCAGUAUUGCUACAGCUGUCUGCAUAGGUGUGUGUGACCAAAAAUGCUUAUUCGUGGAAUGAGUCUCUCUUUAUGAAGGUUUACUCUCUUGUUUGGAAAGUAUCAUAUUACUGACUAAGGAACAGAUGCAACUCUAGUCUAGCUGUGUGUAGACAAUGUUAGAACCUUGUAGUUCUUGCAAACACUUUAUUCUGAGUGCCACUUAACCAAUCACUAUUAGUUUGUCAUUGCUAAGAAAAGAGUUCAAGAUCCAGACUAGUAUACUAGGUACUUAUGUCUCAAAAAAUUAAAAACAAAAUUUUUUUACUGAAACACACAAGUAGUUUUUUCUUCUGUUUUUGAUGUUUCAUCAUGACAAACAUCUCUGUGACGAAACAAGACCAAGUAACUGCUACAGCAGAUAUUGACCUCUUGUUAUCGUGGUGUCACUCACCCACGUGACCUCGUACGAGGGGGUCUUGUUUUUUGAAACCUUGGACUGUAUCUCGGAAAUGUUCAACUCUUAUCUGCUAAUGUUGUGUACAGAUAAUAUUUAAAAUAACGUCAGUGCAAGAGAAACUGGGAUGGUGUUCAUAAAAUAUUGAGCUUUGAAAGCAAUUGUACAUCACUAACACUUUCAUCUAAUUUUUCUGCCAAACAGCAGUGGGUGGAUACAAGCAGGAUGGUGAGAAUGUAAUAAAUUAUUUUCAUGGUAAGUUAAAUUACAUUAAUUUCAGUGCAGUAUGUUCAAUAUUAUACCAUCUUGUUCGAUUUAUUUAUCCACAAUUCGGAGAAUGGAAACUGAUGUAUUAAAUAUGCGUUUUUUUAUAUACCCAUAUGUACCAGCAGAAGGAUAGCCCCUGUAUAUGGGUCGCAACUUUAAUUUUAAGCAUAACAUUUUAACCUCAAAUGUUGCCCUCGAAUAAGAGUCACUUCGUAUAUCUGCCAUCAGUAGAGUUCCAUGUGAAGUCUUCCUGUACUCUUGUCUUAGCUUAUUGGCGUUAUGGGACUGGUGAUGACCCUCAUUCCUUUGUUUCCUACGGGAGGGUGUGAUGCAGUUGUCCUGCGCCCACAUCUUUCCCCUUCGCACCACUUACAAAAAUAAAGGAAAAGACUUAUUUCUUUAUACAUGGUUCCCUUCCGUCCAUUGCAUUUUAUUUUUUACCCAUCCCCUUUGCCUCUGAGAGAUAAGUUCCUUCUACAUAUCGCGGAAUGUUCAGUUAAAAGAGUGGGAAAUCUCACGCCUCAACAAUAAUAUUUGGGCACACACGUGUCAUAAACGCAUGUCAAGAUAGACAUGUUAAUUGUGUAGGGUGCCAACGAUGAGUGAGGCUUCAUGGCAAAGGGCUGGUUUGAGAUAUUUCCGUCUUCGCUUCGCCUACUCGGCGCAGCAGAAAAGUGACUUGCUGGCGUCAAUUCGGUACGUGGAAGACACAUGACUGUGCAGUUCAUGGAGUUUCACACUACUACCGAAAUAUUUUAAUUAAACAAAUUAAAUUUACUCUCGAAGUUAUGUUUAUUAUAGUCUAGUAAGCUGAUUGAUUAAUUUCUGCUUGAUAUCGUCAAAAUAUAGUACAAAUGCCUUUUGACUCACCUAAGAUAUUUAGAUAGUAGUGAAAAACAACAGUUCAGGGAUAAUUUUUUUAAACCAAAAGUUAUAUAUUCACAUAUGGAAUGCAUUACAUACAUUUUUUCAAUUUAAAAAUCAGCAUAAACUGUGACUCAGACACUGGUAUUUUUGUUGAGUAUGUAAUAUAUAAGGCAUGGAAACGGAAAAGCUUGUAUGUAUGUGUGUGUAGAGGGGGAUGGGGCAAUCUUAAAAAAAUAAUACCCAUAAUCUAAUAUCAGUAGAAAAUUGAGUUUGUCUCUACCAAUAUUUUCACAAUUAGUGUGGGCUUUGCAAAAGGAAUAGCCAAAAUUAUGCGAAGUAAACAAUGUGAGACAUGGAUUGUAAUGGCCUUGUCACAUUGUCAGAUUUUUGUUUCCAACUAAAUUGAACAAUAGAUUUGCACGGGUAACAUUGGAAGAACAAUGGCUUCUAAUUUACUCUACCAGAUAAAGAUGGACAGAUGAUGCAAAUGUGUUUUAAAUCAUGUCACACUUCAAAGUUUAUUUUUGAGAAAUCUCAAUUAUUUCAAUUAAUAUUUAUCUUAAAAUUAAAGUAAUGCAAUAGGUACAGUGCUGGAUGGAAAUUUUAAACUUAUGAUUUAUUUUUGUAUUUAAUAACUCGUAAAACCUCUAUAAUUUUAACUCAUAAAUACUCAUUACAUAUUAAAAAUAAUGAUCUGUACUUUUUUUUAAAUAAUUGACUCAUCAUUAUUAGCUUUUUACAUACAAAAUUAUUUCGCAUACAACCUUCAUAUUAACAUUAUUUCAGUUAUUUCAUCCUUAUAGUCUCCAUAAUCGGCCAAGUGUUCUGAGCUAAUUUAAGAGAUUCAUUGUGACAGAAACGGACGUCAUUUCCGUUCGCACUGUGCACGAUUCUAAUUGGCUGAUUCCGUCCAAAAUCUAACAUAUUAAUAUUACUAACCCGGCCUACAAUUAUGCAAGAAUUUUGAUGGACACUCAAGUCAAUAUACCUAUAUAUAUAUUCACUUGCAAUUGGGCAUCCGCCCGGUGGCAAGGAGGUCCCACCCCCCAACCACCCUCACUCCUCCCCCCUCUGGAGCCUCCUUCGCAAGUCCUUCCCUCCUCCUACAUCCAGUGUCUUCCCCUCAAGCUCGUUCCACUCUCGCCCCGUCCUCACAAGGAAUACCUGCCUUCCUCUCUCUGUCCGUCUCCAUUCCCUCUGAAUCUUUCACUCAUGAUCCCUCCUUCCUCGAUACAGCCCUCUGUUCAACCUAGCUCCCAGGUUUCCUCCCCCUCCCCCCUGAAUAUCUUUAUACAUUCUCACUAGCCUUUCUACUUUCCUCCUUUUUUGCAGCGUGUCCCACCCCAGCUCCUUCAUCAUCACCGAUGGUCUGUGUGUUUCCCCCAUCCUGCCUUCGCCUUCCCUUCUCCUCCACAUAUGUCACCCAUCUCGCUGCCAUGCGCUGCACCCUCUCCAACUCCUCAAUUUCCCUCUCCACAUAGGGGUCCCACACCGCCGCGGCAUAUUCCAACAUUUGCCUUACCAAUGUCGCAUACGCCUUUUCCUUAACUUUCCUACCUGUCCCUUUCAGUGUCCUGCUAAGCAGCCCCAACCCCCUCCUGUCCUUCUUCACCACCUUCCUGACCUGCUGACGGUUUCCUAGCCCUGGAUAGCUACAUAUUAAAAAGGUUAUUUGCUAAGAAACCAUAAAAUGAUUUUACAGUAUUUUUAAUGUAGCUAUACUUACCUAAUAUAACCAACCAUUCACAAUGUUUUAAAGUAUUUAUAAUGUAGCUAAUCUAUCAUAAUCGACCGCAAAAUUUAAUGCCACACCGGUUUAUACAAUGAGAUAGAACGAAAAAAAAAAGCGAGCAUUAACUUCAGGUGUGGCUCUCUCGUCUGUGAAAUGAAGGCUUCCCGUUUGACUGUGUGGUAGGGAGAUGACGAAGAUAUACAAAUUCGCUAAGGUCCUGUCACAUCAGAUUUUCAUCUCUCAAUUUAAAAUUUGACAGCAAAGUUUGAGAGGUAAUUUUUAAUCAGAAUUUUCCCAAGGAAAACAAAUAUAUGGACACGACAACUGCAGUUAUUUAUCACAAAUCACUUCAAAAUUGAUUUAUAAAGUAUAGAAAAGGACAAUCUCAAUCGAGUUUGUUGAUAAGCAAAAAUUUGACCAAAAGGGUAGAAACGAUAAGCUUUAUUAUAUUAAAAAUUAAAAAAGUUAUAACUUCUUUAUUAUAACAAAUAUUGCAUCCUUUUGAAUUUAUCAUACCUCGUACGAGUAAUACCAUAAACGUUUGUUUACAUCGUUUCUUGAUAUGAUUAAUAAAAAUUAUAAGUGGUGCAAAGAAACCAGGGUUAAAGUAAGAUAAAAAUAUUGCAUAUUUCCUUUAGUAGAUUAAUAUUAUAUAUUUCUUUUAAAAUUUAAUGUAAAUCAUCUAAAUAUUACUUUUUUUUUUAAAUUUCUUAGACAAUUUUUCAAUCAACCGCUGCAUAGAAGUUGAUUUUUUUAUUUGCUGUUUUGUCUUGUUAGUUUACCUAUAUUAGUUAAUCUGUGGUGGAAGUGUUGUUGUGAUAAAAUAAUGUGAAAAAAAAAAAAUAAAUAAAUGAAAGCGCGCUUUUAAACGUUAUUAGUGUUUGAGAAAAUAUUUAGAAAAUAGUUCUUUCUUAAGGAUCGAAUCGAUCUUCUUUUGCCGCCUUGUUGAGUUUGGAAGAUAAAUAAAAUGUCAGCAGGAGCAAAGCUAGCGCUGCUGAGCGUGUCCGACAAGACGGGGCUGGUGGGCCUGGCGGAGAAGCUGCACUCCCUGGGGCUGACGCUGGUGGCGUCGGCUGGCACGGCGAAGGCGCUCCGGGAUGCGCGGCUGCCGGUCACGGACUUCGAGGAGGUCACGGGUGUCCCGGAGCUGCUGGGAGGCCGCGUGAAGACCCUGCACCCGGCCGUGCAUGCUGGCAUCCUGAGCCGCACCACGGAGAGCGACCAGCGGGACCUUGCCAGGAUGGGCUACAACAUGGUGCAAGUGGUCGUCUGCAACCUGUACCCCUUCGUGCAGACAGUCGCCAAGCCCGACGUCACCAUUGACGAUGCUGUCGAGAACAUUGACAUAGGCGGGGUGACGCUGAUCCGGGCCGCAGCGAAGAACCAUGCGCGAGUGACGGUGCUGUGCGAUCCCGGGGACUACGGCCAGGUCCUGCAGGAGAUGGAGGGUUCCGCGGACAAGGACACCACCGCCGACACUAGGUGUCGCUUGGCCUUGAAGGCAUUCACCCACACGUCGGAGUACGACCUGGCGAUAUCGGACUACUUCCGGAAGCAGUACAGCCCGUCUGUGUCGCAGCUGUCUCUGCGCUAUGGGAUGAACCCUCACCAGAAGCCUGCACAGGUCUUCACCACGUUGGCCCAGCUGCCCCUGAAAGUCGUGAACGGCUCUCCUGGCUUCAUCAACCUGUGCGAUGCCCUGAACGGCUGGCAGCUGGUCAAGGAGCUGAAGUCGGCUCUAGGUAUGCCAGCUGCAACUUCCUUCAAGCACGUCAGCCCGGCCGGGGCGGCCGUGGGGAGUCCUCUCUCUGCUGACCAGGCGAAGCUGUGCAUGGUGGAAGACCUGCAGGAACAGCUGACACCUCUAGCCAUCGCCUAUGCCCGAGCCCGCGGAGCUGACAGGAUGUCUUCCUUCGGAGACUUUGUAGCCCUCUCCGACCCCUGCGAUCUCCCGACCGCCCGCAUCAUCUCCCGAGAGGUGUCGGAUGGGAUCAUAGCGCCGGGCUAUGCCCCGGAGGCGCUGGAGCUGCUCCGCAAGAAGAAGGGCGGGGCCUACUGCGUGCUGCAGAUGGACCCGCGGUACGAGCCCAGGGCGAUGGAGCAGAAGGUGCUGUUUGGCAUUACUCUGGAGCAGCUGAGGAACAACGCUGUCAUUGACAGGCGCCUGUUCACCAACGUGGUGUCCGCCAGGAAAGAGUUGCCAGAGAGUGCGGUGAGGGACCUGAUAGUGGCCACAGUCGCUCUCAAGUACACACAGAGCAACUCGGUGUGCUACGCCCGCGAUGGCCAGGUCAUUGGCAUAGGGGCCGGCCAGCAGUCUCGCAUCCACUGCACGCGGCUGGCCGGCGACAAGGCAGACAACUGGUGGUUGCGCCAGCAUCCAAGAGUUAUCAAUAUGAAGUUUAAGAAAGGUGUCAAGCGAGCAGAGAUCUCUAACGCCAUAGACAAUUAUGUCAAUGGUACUGUAGGUAAGGACAUGCCCUACGACAGCUGGGCAGCCAUGUACGAGAGUGUGCCGUCUCCCCUGACAGACGCUGACCGCAAGGAGUGGAUCGCCAAGCUGGAUGGCGUGGCUCUGGGCUCCGAUGCUUUCUUCCCGUUCAGGGACAAUGUGGACCGUGCACAGCAGAGUGGUGUGACAUUCAUCGCUAGCCCUGCUGGCUCUACCAAUGACGCGGAAGUGAUAAAAGCAUGCGACGAGCACAAGAUAACCCUGAUCAACACUGGCCUGAGACUGUUCCACCACUAGCCCAGCUGUGUGUGUCGAUCUUCAUGUGCCUUAACACGAAUUACAGAGGAGCAACAGGUAGUUGUAGCAGAAGCUCCAUAGCCAAGGAUGGAGUGUCUCGAACAUUACUAAAUAUGCAUUUCGUUGACUAUUGUUGUCCACACUAUACUUAUUUUAAUUAUUUUAGUAAUAUUUUCUAUCAAUGACCAAGCAUUUAUUGAGGAGCAAACUUCCAAGUACAGAUGUUGAUAUGUUCACUUCGCCCAAAUAUGUGAGAAAGUUUUUUUUUUGUUUAGGGGGGGGGGGGGGGGGGAUCUUGUUAUACUAUGAAACUGCAAUUUCACAUAGAACUCAUGUAUAACUCUAUUUUAUUUUUGUGGUCAUGUGAUGUUUCAAAAGUUUGCUUGUAAAUUAGAGUCUACUUUAAGUUUAGCAAUUUUCUCUCUUGUAUAAAUGCAUAGUUCUCAGAAAUAUUUUGUUGUAAAUAGCUGCAGUAUGAUUGCGGGAAACAUAAAUACCGAGAACACAAAUACAGGGUUUCACUUUGAUGUUUUGUAUCAUCAGAUAUUAAAUAUACACAAAACUAGUUUUGGGCCACAAAGGAACUUCGAAUCAGGGUGUCCACAGUUAGUACUUUCGUACUAGAUCUAGUACUUUUAUAACUUUUUUAGUGGUCUAGUACAUUUACGGUCAGAUCUAGUACAUUUUUCUUUAAUAUAAUAUUAUAGUAACUCCAAUAUAUUUUAUUAUUAACCAUAAUUAUUUUUAAAAACUAUGGAAUGCAUGUGUGUGUGGUAUGAUAUUUAAGUUCGAGCAUUGCAAUGUCAUAAUAACUUCCUAAAUUGUUAAAAAACAUAACAAAUUAUAAUUUAGUACUUUUUUUUUCAAAUCUAGUACUUUUUUCUCGCUUAAGUUGGUACGUAAUAUUUUUUCCUUGUGGACAUCCUGCUUCCAAUUACAUAAUAUACAAACGAAUUAACACCGAACAUCAUAUUCAUGUUGCCAGGGAUUUAAAAAGGUUUGUAAUAAUGUUUCACUGUACUGUAUUUGCUGAUGUAACAUUAAAAACAAUUGGGUAUUACAGGAUGGCUAAAUUAAAACUAGUAAUAGCGUACAUGUAUUUUAUUUGUCACUUACCGCUGAUCAUUUAUUUGCAUUGAUUACAUUUUGUAAAACUAAAUGUGGGAAUUAUGAUUUUUGUUGAAUACAAUUGGUAUUGGUAUUAUUUGUGAUCAGUGGUGAUAUUUGUUUUUUGUUAUUGUAGGUAUUAACCCUUUCACUGCUAUUGACGAGGGUAGGAGCUCACUAUGUUGUUGCUAAGCUGUGUUUGUAGGUGUUGCACCCUCUGUGCUGAACAAAUUUUUUAUGAAAUCAUAAAAUUCAGAUCCUUCUGUUUGAUCGCACUGGCAAAGUUAACAUUUUUUUUAUAUAAUUUUUAUUUUUGGAAUUUUAUUAUUUUCAAUUAAAGUUUUUUUUUUUUAAUUUUUAAAUUUAUAAUUUUUAAAUUUUUUUAUUUUUUUAUUUUAAUAACUUUUUGUGUUCUUAUGUUAUCUUUUAUAUUGAGGUAUAUGUACAUAAAAUAAACCACAAAUCUUCAAAAGUUUGCUUUUGUGUGGUAUGUAUAUCUCAAAGCAAGGCACAAUACAUAGUGAAGUAUCACAGGUCUUGCAGCAGUAGCGAGUUUCCUUACGUUUCUUGUUCUUUGUGCAUACUAUACAUUUCCUUGUUGGAUUUUUCUUAGACGUCAUCUCUAAUACUGAUGGGAAAUGUCUUCCGACAAGUCUGGUUGGAUGUUCUUUGUUUGAUCGCCUGCCACUUUGAACAGUUUUUCUCUCUUUUGAAUGUUUUUUAAGAAUUUCUCUUAUGAGAGCAAGCUGAAAUUGGGCUAUUGUUACAUUUUUUCCAGUCACUGUUUUGUACAGAAUAUAAGAAUUCAGUACUGCAAUGUCUAGGAGGUGAAAGAAAACCUUCUUGUACCAUUUUACAGAUUUUCGUACACACUCGAUACAGGUGAUCAUGAUCAUGUCAGAAACUGCUCCCAUGUUUUCGUUGUAGUCCACGAUGCACUUUGGUUUCAUUACCUUUUCUCCAUUUUUGCCCGAAAUCUCCAUCAUAUCGGCACUAUGGCAUGUUGUCAACAUGUGAACCUCUCGUCGAUCACACCACUUUAGCGCUAAUAAUUUUUCAGACGACCUGAAAGUAGCUUCUCCUUUCUUCAACUUUUCGUCCAUUUUGGGCAUUUGCUCCCUUGUUUUUCUGACUGUGCCACAUGCAUUUGUACCAUUCCUAUGUAGCCAUUCAAAAAGGGUAGGACUUGAGUACCAAUUAUCAAGAUAAACAGUGUGUCCUUUUUGCAGGUAUGGUUUCAGUAAUGUUGCCACAACAUUGCCAGAUUUUCCUAGGUUCAAUCCUGCCUCUUCAAUGUCAGACACAGCACCAGUGAAGAUUAUAAAAUCUAGCACAAAACCAGUGUCACAAUCACACAAUACAAAUAUUUUUAUACCAAAACGACUUCUUUUUGAGGGAAUGUAUUGCUUGAAAGAUAAUCUUCCCUUGAAGAGCAGGAGACACUCGUCAAUACACAAGUUGGCAAAUGGAUUCAUUGCAGAUCUGAAGGUCUCCCUGAGACUGUCAACAAGUGUGCGAAUUUUACAUAGCCUAUCACCAUUCGCAGGAACUUUGUUGUCAGAAAAAUGCAACAUUCUCAACAAUAAAAGAAAACGGUCUCGGAACAUGAUUUCUGGGAAAGCUGGUGUUUUUAGAAGAGCAUCUCGGGACCAAUACUCGUUUAUGCUGAUUUUUUUUGUUCUUGGCAUAAGCAUGCAGACAGCUAAAAAUGUGUACAUUUCCUCCCAGUUGGUCUUUGCCCAUUUACUGAGGCGGGAAUGCUCAGAUGGAGAGGUGCUUUCAACAAUGAAAUCAAAGUACCUAUUAGUUUCUGUAGCAAUAUGCUCCAUAACUGACUUUGAAAAAAAAAUGGUAAAAAAAAAUCACUAACAUUUUCAGCUUCAGUCAAACAAGUUUGAUUACCAGAACUUUUUUCUUCAAAAUAAUGAAUAUGAGGCACAAAUUCACCCUGUGUCCAAGCUAUUUCUUCUGGUCUUAUUUUUUUUGCUGUUGGUUCGUAUUCCUGCUCUUCAUCGCUCGUUUCACUUUCUGACUGUGAACUAGGGAAUCUUUGCUUCGCUGGUGAUCGUGACGUCAACGUGGAAGGUCCUGGUUGUGAUUUAUCAGAUUCCCAGCCAUCGUCCCUGCUUGAAAUUCUACUCACAUCGUCGCCAUCAUUAUCUGCAAGCAUUGCUAGCAGUUCCUCAUUUGUGUAUUUUUUCGUGCCAUGGGUAAAUACUACAAAGAACUAAAUCAAAAUUUCACAUACCGUUUAUACAGAAUCACUAAAAAUACGAUCCUCUUCAAAGAACCAAAAACAUGAUCAACUGGUAUUAAACAACUAUGAAUAACAAGUAGGCCUUCAGUUUACUCCUAAAGAAUUCAAAACAGCGUGAGUUUCGUUAUUUCUGUGACCAAACAAGACAUACACAAUAAGGUAUGAAAAUAUUUCCCGAGCUCGAAAAAACUAGUAAUAUAAGCGCUAUCUAUGAGUGAACAAAAAAAAAAAUAACUGUCCGAGUUGUAAAGUACAAACACGACACAAUCGACUACUGUUCUCUCGAGCAUACACAUGCGAUGCGACACGUACACACUCUGUUGGGAAAUAAAACAGUUACAGUAUCUAUACUCUCAAACCUCGAAUGCAGGCCACGAAGAUCGAUAAACACUACAUAAGUUACAGAAACGGCCACUAGAUAGUGUUGGUUUAUAGACGUACUUAUAUGUCUGUAGCAGUGAAAGCGAAAGUAGUGAGACGAAUAUAGUCGUCCUUCGCACAGGCAAUGCUAUUUAGAUAGGACGGAUAUAUUCGUCCUUAGCACACACAGGACACAAUUUACGUACAAAUAUAUUCGUCUGUAGCAGUGAAAGGGUUAAUACCAAAGUAAUAUUCAUCUGCUUAACCUUUGUAAAACCCAGUUUUGGGAUGGAGCUGUAUGGAAAGUGUUUUCUUGAGAUCACAGGCUGAUUAUGUAGGCUUGCAAAAAUAGUUAACUCUAAAUAUGUCAUGUUAUUAUUAAAUGUUAUAUUGUAUCAUGGAUUGUGUAGUAUUACAUAUCUGUAAGAUCAUGUGACAGAUUGAAAAUAUCUGCAUUGUUGUGAUUUUUUUAUAUCAACAAUAAAAGUUUUAAUAUGAA